AUGAGUUGUUUCUGGAACGGAGGCUUCGAUGUUCACGCCGGCGUCGACGAAGCUAAGGCCAUAGCAGAGUACGCCGCAUUUCGCAUGGCAGACAAUGAUCCUGCACUGGGCGAAAUCGUGAAGCAAACGAUGGGCAAUAAUCGCGAGGAUCGGAGGAAAUUCAGAGAAAAUAUGAACACUGUCGAUGCUGGCUUUGGUCCGUUCACGGGUCCUUGGAUCUCGGGAUUGCUUAAUGAUCCGACUGUGGUCAUAAAGUGCAAUGCAAAUCAUUUCCAGCGCGCUCCUGGUCAAUUCGGUACUUGGAUCGAUCCUGAAUUCCCAAACAUGCCGCAUAUGGUACCGAACUCACUAUUCUGCCAGCCAACACCCAACGGCAUGCAAACAGUUGCUUUCACCUAUGAGACCGGCCUUGUGCGUCAACCGGGUCCACAGAAUGCCGCGGUAGGGCCAUCGCAUGUAAUCGUCAUUUGUGCUGGGCCGACAGAUGCCGCAAGGAACAAAGUUACGGGCAUAGGUACCACCUGGAGAACCAGAGACUGGACUGGCGUAGAAUUCCUCGACUUCGAUCGCUACUUAUCCUAUUCGCUGCUGCACGAAAUAAUGCAUGUUGCGAAUCCGGGCUUGGGCCAUACUCUCGCUUCCGGCAGAGGUGAAGCGUACGGAUGGCAUGAUAUUAACGCCUUGAACAACGCCGACAAACAAAGUAACGCGGACAAUUAUUGCAUGCUAGCAACAGCGUUGUGGAUGAAGCGUCACACAAUCAGUGGCACUGGGGGCAAGUUCGGCCGCCGACAUCCUGUUUCGAACCGGCCGAAAGACUCGCCAAACGACCGUCAUCCAUAG